AAUUAAUUUAAAGUUUUAUUAUGGUUUCCGGUUCUUAAAGAUAAAUGGGUUGGUUGGUAAACGUGAUUACGUGUAUACAAAGAGCAAAGAAAAAAAAAAUGUGAAAUGAAGACGAAGUGAACGAUCUGCAGAGGAAGCGACGCGUCAUUUUUCAUAAUGAUCGUUAUUGUAUGAUGAAAUGGGAAUACGCUGGAGUAUGUAGUAGGCUCUACUACUACGGUUACUCAAAUCGUAGGGUUUGGGUAGAUCAAUAUUUGGGAUGCGCAUGACGUCGUCCACGUCCUGGAAGCGUAACGUGCGGUCCACGUUCGAAUGCGGGUCUCCUUGUUUCCUGCUUUCUGACCAAUAUUUAACAAACUUGUUGCUACACACACAGCGGUAUUCUACCGAAUUCCAUGAUUUUCCCCAAUCCCGAAAUGCUUGCUCGCCUUGCAGACUUAGGUCGUUAAAAGGAGUGCCGCAUUUAAAAAAAAUGAAAUCUCCUUUUUCUUCUUACUAAGCUUCGUCCACGUCGUCUUUGCCGUCGAUUAAUUGGGCUUAGGUGGUGAGGGCAAUAAUAAGUUUUCGAGGGUUUUGAUUCGAAGUAGUAAUUCGUUGGCGCCACAUAUGGUGGUGGCGUCGAAAUUGCGCCCCCUGUGCGAGAUCUGAGUGCAGCGGACCCUAGCGAUCCUUCAGGGCGAGGCCUCCAGCCGGUGUCGAGCACCGAUCUGGACGCCUAUUCUGAAAGAGGAGUCGCGUCGGCGCGCGUCCUGCUGCCCUCCAAUAGAUUUGGCCGACUCGGGGUGUGUACAACGCGACCGGUGCAUUACACCAAGCAAGCCACAAAAUAUCAUGUGAAUUUCGCGACUUCCGCCGGACAAUCAUCAGAAAUAAGAUAGUGUAAGCCUGUGGGUAACGAUUCCUUGGACAGAUGUGGCGACGCGGGGAUCUAUUCACCUUCUGGACGACUCUCUGAGAAUUGUGACUGAGCAUUAGGUGCGGUGAUUGUGAUACGAUCAUGCCUUGCCUAAACGGAAAUUCGGACGGAAAGCAAGUAGGACUAUUCUUCCUGCUGGUCCUGCUGCUUGCCCGACUACCGGCCGCCUGCCCGGAACAGGAUGAGGAUAUUCCCCAUAACGAAGUGAAAAAUUGGGCGCUUAAAUUCGGUGUAGAUUUGUGGGAGUACGGUAGGCAGUUAACUAGGAUGAACGAACUGCAGCGGAAGUAUCACGAAGUAGAUAUAGACGUAGUACGGAAAGAUGGACUGAUAUUAAUUAGGGAGAUGGCAGCCGAAGUUAAGAAUAUGAUGGACUUCAAGAUGAGCGCCGUAAUGCGAAUCAUGGAUUCUGCGGAGCAAGCUGCUCUAACUCCUCAAGCGGACAACGGGCAACCGUUUAGGUAUUACAACGCGGAAAAAUUGAACAUGUUUGGGCCUGAAGGUAGGCCGGCAGAAGGUACAAGGGAAAUGAUCCUGCAUACCAAUCCUCAUUUUGAGCAUCUGCCCGUUAAUAGUUCUCUUAGCACGGUAUUGCUGCCUCCGCAUGUUGAUGAGAAAGAUCCCGAUGUUACUAACGCUAUUCAAUGGUCCGAACACUUGGACCCGCUUUUUGUGAACAACUAUGAGGGUGAUCCAACUUUGUCCUGGCAGUUCUUUGGAAGUUCCUCUGGUUUCUUGCGACGGUAUCCAGGAAUCGCGUGGCCUCCUGAAGACAUGUCUUCCGUUUGGCAGCGCGCCAGGAGUGCGCGUAACGUUUACGAUUUUCGCUCGUCCAUGUGGUACGUUUCCGCGGCCACAUCCCCGAAGGACAUUGUCAUAUUAGUUGACAAUUCGGGAUCGAUGGGUGGACGAAGGGCUGCGAUUGCUCGUGCCAUAGUCGAGGCUAUCCUAGACACCCUCUCCGAUAAUGACUUUGUGAACGUUUUCAAGUUUUCUGACAGCACCGACGAGACCGUGCCUUGCUUCAAGGACGCCUUGGUUCAGGCAAAUAAUGAGAACAAGAGGUGGUUGAAGGAAUCGCUGAGAAACUUGAAACCUGAAAACAUCGCGAACUUCACAUCAGCUCUAGUUACCGGCUUCGAAAUCCUUCAUACGUACAAUCGCACUGGGAAUGGGUGUCAGUGCAAUCAGGCAAUCAUGUUAAUAACAGACGGACCACCUGGUACAUACAAGGAAGUCUUCAAAAUGUACAAUUGGCCGCACAGACCUGUACGCGUUUUUACCUAUUUAACAGGAAAGGACUCCGGAAGCGCCAAUGAAAUGCAUUGGAUGGCAUGCGAAAAUAAAGGAUACUAUACAAGGAUCGCUGGUGUGAAGGAAGCGCAAGAAAAGGUGCUGCAUUACAUCGAAGUGAUGGCAAGGCCCAUGGUGAUGUACCAGAAUGACCAUCCGAUACAAUGGUCCCCGUCGUAUGUUGGUGGAAGGUCUGACAGCCUGUCCGAUGACAAACGGGGGCAAUUGAUGACCUCGGUUACCACCCCAGUAUUCGACCGCAGGAACCACUCGAUCCGUGUUGCAAAUGUUCUCGGAGUCGUUGGUACCGACGUGUCGGUCGAUGAAAUAAAGAAACUCGUGCCAUCUUACAAGCUCGGAGUAAACGGUUACUCCUUUAUAGUGAAUAACAAUGGGCACGUACUGUACCAUCCCGAUCUCAGGCCGCUGCAUAACAAUGAGCAAUACGAGGAUACUCUGGAACCAGCUUACUGCUCGGUAGACUUGACCGAAGUCGAAUUAAUCGAAAGCGAAAAUAGCCCGAGGGAGAACCAUUCCGCCUUGCUGGAUUUGCGUCACGACAUGAUAGAUCAGAAGGAAGGCGAAACGGAACUGAAUGUUAAAAUCCACUACGACGAAAUGAGGCGUGUCACUACAAGACGACACAAAUAUUUUUACAAUCCCAUCGAAGGAACGCCCUUUUCAUUAGGUCUUGCUAUACCGGAAGGAUAUGGAAUGUACGAGCUAGUUGCCGAACAGGAGAUCAAGCAUAGCCAGAAAAAUGUUGAAGAAUAUUUCAAAGGAAAUAACUGGAAGGUGCAUCCGGAUUGGGUGUACUGCGAAUACAGCAGCGGUUCAUCCGGAGAACAGUGGUUUAAAAGCGCUGAAGAGAGGGUCCUUCACUUCCUGUCGAGGUCUAGAAGACCUGGCUGGAAGUGGAUGUCGCUGAGACCUAGGUCUCCCACACAAAGGGAACACCAUCAUCUUUCCACAAAGCAAGACAAAGACGCAUAUUUCUGCGAUAAAACAUUGCUGCAAUCUUUGGUUUUGGACGCAAUGGUAACGGAGGAACUGGAACACCGCAGCCCGUAUCCCACGCACGCCGAGGACAAGCACCCAAUUGCAACACUUUUGGUUUUAUUACAAAGCCAAGGCCAUCAGAUGUUUGGAUUGACGAUGUCUUUCGUAGCAACGAGGAGCGGACUGUUGCGCUGGACCAACCACAUGGAGCCCGCCGACGCAACACAACCGCAUUUCAGUGAGGCGAACGUACGGGCUAUGGACGAGACAUGGUACAAGCGUGCCGUGGAUCAGCACGCCGUCGAACCUGAGAGUUUCGUAUUUUCGGUACCCUUCGACGUGGCUUCCCACGAGAAGCCCUUGGUUACAGCCACCCAUGCAGUGUUUGUCGAACACAAGGGUCAUCGUGCUGCCGCCGCCGUCGUUGGUCUCCAGUACCAACAUGCUACGUUGGCAUCGCACUUCAUCAACAUCACAUCAGCUUGUACCGGAUCUUCUGCUUGCAAGAAGACUUGCGCCAGCGAAGAAUUGGAUUGUUACAUUCUGGACAACAACGGUUUCAUCAUCAUAUCCGAGAAUCACGACCACACCGGCCGCUUCUUCGGUCAGAUUGACGGUACUAUUAUGGAUUCGCUGGUCCAAGACCGCAUUUACAAGAAGGUUCCGGUCUAUGAUUAUCAAGGCGCUUGUACCAACAGCAAAAGCACCUAUGGCGGUGACGCCAACAAAAUUUCGCCACUAAUGCCCAUGAAGAUGUUCUUUGGAUGGGUUGCUCAAGUGUUCAUUAUCUGGACAGGUUUUAUCAGAACUGCUUACGGUGCCGCUUUGGCUUAUGCUCAAGAUGAAGAUAUAAUUGAUCCUGAUGAUUACGAUGCUUUUGAUUACAAUAACGGCGAUGAUGUCAUUGGGGAUCAAGAAUCAAUGAUACCUCCAAUCACGUUCUCCAACAAUCCCUCAUUCGUUGCACCUCCAAUAGAGUCGGACCCAAUGGAUGGAGUGGAUAUGGGACAAUAUGGCGUCAGAGCAUGUGACAGGAAGGUGGACUUAUACAUCCUUCAGCCGGAGCGGUUGAACACUAGCGGCCAAAGCAAUCCGCUGAAGGGCAAGCUGACCAAUUGCCACGUCACUGGUUGCGAGAGGCCUUUCAGCGUGCAAAAGGUGCCUCAUAGCAAUUUGAUACUAUUAGUAGUAGACACAUUAUGCCCUUGUGGCAGCAAACAACUGAGCAUCACGCCUCAGGAACUCGUAUACGACAGUGGAAAUGGCGGUUGUCUUCACAAGCCGAAGGAUAGCCUUUAUAGAAGACGCCCACCAAAAUGCAUCAACUACCACCCAGAGGAAAUAGAGAUUCAUAUAUGCGGAUCUGCGUGUAUGCUUAAUCUAAAUCGCGGAUUAUUGCUGGUAAUAACAUUGGUUUUGAAAUUGUUUUACAUGUCGUGAUCUGGUAAUGUGUACUAAACGAGCCACCAUCCGUUACGAUAUAACAUUAACAUUAAUAACCUAUAAUCCGUACAUGUACCAAAUCUAAUUGCACCAGUAUAUGAAGUGUGAGUGUGUGUCAUCAAUUAGCCUUUGUACAUGUAUUCUGUGUGUAUCAUUUGUAAAGGUCGCAACAACAACAAAAAAAAA